AGCAAUAAAAUAAAAGUGAGUUCACAAGUUGACAACGCACACUUGAGUCACGCACUGAGCUGUGUGUCUUCUCUUGUCUUCUCAACUCUCCCGUUUCCUCUCUCCUAACAAUGCACAGACAGUCCCUGGGUUCGCCCUCCUCCAAGCUCCACCAUGGAGUCGCCCUCGCCGACCACCACGCUCUCCCCGCCGACGACGCUCCCAAGCCUCACCGCAUGUCCUCUCCGCCUCCCCGCCCUCCUCACAAGCUCAUCCACCUCAUUCCUCUCCUCACUCUCCUCUGUUUCCUCAUCCUCUACCUUUGCUCCCACACUCCCUCUCCCUCAGAUUUAGAUCAUGUUCCUGGAUUCAACCGCUCCUCCAAGCAUCAUGUAUUAGUUGCGGAGAUCAACGACAUUGAGCGUUACACGGACGCCAAGAGAGCCGAUGUUUUCGCGAUCCGAAGCCUCCGUAAUUUACAGCAGAUACCAAAAAAUCGCCUCAACAGAAAACUCGCCGAUUUUUAAUCACUUUUUUUUUUUUGGUUUUCUCCGCCACGGGUUUAUGUUACGACUUACGACCCUUGACGCUCCUCACCACAGCCCCUACCACGUGCUUUGCUUGUACAUCAAAAAUCCAUUGCUUCUUUUUUUUUUUAAUUUAUUUAUUUUUCAUUUUUCGUCACGAAAAAUAAAAAAAAGUUCCAUCGGCUUCCACCUGAAUUUCACGUUGUGUUGUAUGACAAUUUCCAUUUCAGGAGACGGAACACAGCGAAUAAAUUCUUUUUCUUUGUUUUUUUUCGUAUCUUGAGCUGUUAAUUACUAUCAUUUGUUGCUAAUUUAAUUACGUAGUGUAUAAAACGGGGUAGUGUAGGUUAAGAUGGCGGGGGUGGGGAGUAGCCGGGGAACGGCGCAGGAUAGCAGUUGGUGCGCCGGUUGUUGGAAUACAGCUGGACUUUGGGACCGUUAGUUCCUCGGACUGCGGUUAAUAGUUGCCAGCUGGAAAAUAACAGUGCUCUGUUCUCUAUUCUCUGUUUUGCUCUGAAUUUCUCUGGUGAGCAUAAUUAUUGCAUCUCUUUAUUAAUGAAAUUGAUGCAGGUUUGGGAAUCAGGUGCUCCCUCUAGUAGUAACACACCACGGUGCAACUUUUGCUUCUAGUAUUACUGAUGUGCUAAUUUUACUACACUGAAUUAUUUGUGUAUUUGUUCUGUGUUAGAAUUGAGUUGAUAUUGAUAUAGUUACUUUUGUAUUUAUUAUUGAUUGAUUAUUAUUGAUGUGUAGACUCUAUUCUGUGUAAAGGUACUAUAAAAAGUAUUGAAAAUAUAGAAAUAUAAGUUUUUAGUAUUUUUAUAAGUAUUUAAUAAAAAUUAAUUUUAGAAACUGAUGCUCUGGUAAGUUUCCCUUUAUUUAAUCAUGGAUGUGUAUGUCAAUUUGGUACAUGGGCUACAGGGUAGAAAUCGGAAGCAGAACCAAUUACCGAUAUCUAAUUUAACAGGGGACACUGUGAGUUAUGAUCAUUUAUUUAUUUAUGGUUGUACACUUGUAUCUUGUAUGUAAAAUUGUAAAUUAUGUUAGUUAUUACGUGAAUGAAUACGUGUUUUCAAACAUAACUAACCGUCUAACACAAUGAUAGAAGGGGGGGUGGGGGAGGUGGCUUUGCAAUUUCCACGUGUUGAUUUUUAGGGAGGUUGGGCAGAAAAAGGGUGGGACACGAGUACAUGACUGUCGGUGCCUCUCGAUCGGUGACUUUGACGGCUUCUAUUGAAUUUGAGGAACGUCGUAGCAAGUCAGGGUCAUUCAUUUAUAAGAGAAUUAAGAUUAGGAAGUGAGAAUGGUAUGGGCCAUGAUCGAGUGUAUUGCAUUGCUGUGCAAGGUUGAUAAUGUUCUUGUCUGGUAUGUGGGACACGCAGGGCGUUAUGAUUGGUUGUUACCUAAUCAUGAUUUAAUGGUGAUUCAGCAAAGGACAAAGAUAGGGGAUAUGUAUCUCUCCAAAAUUCAAUUCAAUUAGGAUAUUUAUAUCAA